CUUAAACAUGUGUCAAUUUGUCAAAGCUGCAUUUGUCGUUUCCGGUGUGUGUGUGUUGGUGUGUUACCAGCUGAGUUAUUUGGAGAGAGAGAGGUGACGUUACAUGGCAAAUAGCUGCAGGGGAUACUUGUAGGGGUUUCUGCAAAUUUGUGAAGACAAUCUUCCAAAUGGAAGAGACAAAAGAAAGCUUGAUAUUUAAAGGUGUUGCUGAGAGACUGACGCUUGGCAUUACUCGAAUACUCGAGAACAUGCCUGGUGUGGUCGAUGUGCGUUUUGUAGAGAGGGAGCCUGCAGAGAAGAGGAGCCUGCUGUCAUGGGAACAGAAAAACACUUGUAUUUUGCCAGAGGACCUGCGAGAUUUCUAUCUGACAACGGAUGGAUUUACACUAACCUGGAGCGUUAAACUAGACAGUGAGUGUGUUCCCCUAGGAUUGAUGAUGAUUAACCGCGUGGCCAGGCUGUGCCCACUCCUCCAACCAGUAUCAUUAUUCUCUCUACCCAAUGCACCAUCACUGGCUGACCUGGACUGGGAGGAGAACAACACAGAAAGUGGGACAGGGCAUUCUCCCGCUGCACCCCAUUUUGAUUCCCGUUGCCGCAUCUUUGAGCUGGAUUCCUGUGGUGGGAAUGGCAAAGUGUGUCUAGUCUACAAAAACUGCACUCCAGGUGUGGUAGCCCAGCAGAGUGAAAUUUGGUUCCUUGACCGCUCGCUGUGUUGGCAUUUACUGACAGCAACCUUCACCUCCUACUACCGACUGAUGAUCACCUACCUGGGUCUGCCUGAGUGGCAGUAUGCCUUCACCCCAUAUGGCCCUAGCCCCCAGGCCAAGCAGUGGGCAUCGCUGUACCAGCCACUGAUUUUCAGCAGUGAACUCAGCUUGGCUGAUCCUGCUGGAGAUUCCCAUCUCAACAAGCUGGAUCCUACAAAGGCCUUCAAAGGCAAAGCCAAGAUACCCAUCCCCAAGAAGAAGCAGUCCACACAGUGCAGCUUAGGGAGCACUGCAAAGAGCCAAGGCAGCACAGGAAGACACAGUGGGGGAAAGCGGUGAGAAUGUUACUGUCUACACAACCAACAUGGUUUAGAGCAGCCGGCAAUUCCAUCAUUGGCUGGAUUAGAGCAUAUUGUAUGAAACUAAGUUUGAAAUGCUGCAUGUCUAAAUAGAUACAUAGCCAGUGUUUUCCUAAGCUCAACACAGGGAUCAAGUGGUAACCAGCUGUUGGAGGCAACAUGGCAUGUAAAAAGGUGCUUUUUAACCUUGUUUAUGUGUUCAAGGUUUCACGCAGAAAGAGCAGUUUUCCCCCAACCUGUAAAAUGACAUUAUGUUGGCCUGUCAUACAUUUCAAAACACACACAUUUCAUUUUUUGUUUACCUUUCACUGCUAAGUGUUAGUGGUGGAGAAAUGAGGCUUUCUGAAACACAGACGCUUUCCAGCAAACUGCAUCACCAAUAGAUUCAUUAUUCAAAGCCUCAUAUAACAGUGUUUUAACUAGUGACACCUAGUGGUAAAAAUAACUAAAAGCAUCCAAUUCAUAAAAUAUGAUUAUGUGCUUCUGACACAUUACAAAUAAUCCUGACAUAGUAAAAAAUGUAACCACUGCUGUAACCAAUGAGUACUUACUAAUACUCAAUAAGGACACAUUUGUUUGUUUGUAUUUGUAGUUAUUAUCACUAGGCUUGUUUUGCUGUUGUAAAUAUUAAAAUUCUAAUGUAUCAUACAACAAUAAUAUAAUGUAUAAGUGUGAAAAUGUCUAAAUAACACACUAAAACUGAAGGAAACUGGAAGAAUGAAAAUAAUACUGUCGGUUUUAGUUGGACACUUUGAAACUCAAUGAUGAACAAAUGAUCACAGAAAGAAAUUGAAAACGAUUGACACUGAAAAUGUUCGAGCCAAUACUUAGUAUCAGUGGAAAGUGCUGCAUCUGACACCUCCAGAGCUUCAGUUUCAAACAUUCCAUGACUUCAGAGUGCAAUCAAAUCUGAACCUCGAAAUGUAACCUGUUACAUUAUCAACGACUGAGAAUAACCAUCAAGUUAGGCUUCAGUGAUCCAAGUUUCUCACUGGCCAUUGCGUUGCUGCAGUGCCUCACUGAUGCGUUGUCCCUCUGUAAACUUCACAAACGUAAAAACGUACUAGAGUUUAGGCCUAGGAUUCUUUGUCUAAUGACAUCUGCUGUGACGACGGGGAUGAGGUUAUAUUUCAGCAUUUCAGAGAUAAAAAUGUGCUAGCUUUAUACAUUUAGGGCUUUUGAUACUAAAAGUAUACAGCUGAGCAGAUUUAAUAGACAUGUUAACUUUUUGAUUGAAGUACUGAAGGAACUUCUACCCAGUUUAUCAAGACACAUUUACACCUUUUAGCUUUAGGCUACUGUGAACUAGAUUGUUGAAUAGAUUAAUGUGUAUAUUAUCUUUGGUAGUGCUGCUGCUCUUUCAAGCUGUGAAAAGCCAACUCUUACUGUUUCUAUUUUAUUUUCCAAAACAUGCAUGUUUAUUUAAGUGCAAUUAAUGGGGGCUGUUUGCUUUUCUUUACAUACACUGUAGUUUCCAAGCUCAUGUUGAUUGUUAUAAUGAAUGAUAUUUAUGGUGUCUUCCAAGUACAUCAGCUGUUAUUACCUCAAUAAUACAAACAUGAAAUAUAA